CCGAUCCGGAGCUAAAGACACAGAAAUGCCGUGUAAAGAAAUAACACAUAAAGCCUUUUAAAUCUCAGAAGAAUCUAUACAACACGGUUGUAGAAAAACGUCUUGUGUUGUUUCCGAGUUAUUUCAGAGCAAAGCUCUCGUACGUUUUGAGGUUAUGUUUAUAAGUUAGGAGCUAAGCUAAGCUUACGAAAGUGGUAUUUAUUUGGCGUUUUACUUAUUUGAGCAGUGAAUUUUUGUGUAUUGAACUGCGUGAGAGCACAUCUGUUUUGAAAGUUUUCAUUUAGUGUAAGUGAUAAAUCAAACGCGGUAAAUGUUUACAUAGUUUUGAAACUUUAAUAACAGUGGUUGCUAACACUGUCAGAAAUAGCACUGUUUUAAGAUUAAGUAAAUCAUAAGUGUGUGAUGGCGAUGGCGAGCCGAGUGGCGAGCGGCUGCGGCACGGCGGCGGCGGCAGCAGCGGAGCGCGCGGGGCUGCCCGGCCUGCUGCGAGACCUGCAGCGCCUCGCUGACGACCAGGACUCCGCUGACGUCGUCUUCAUUCUAGGCACUUCAGAAGAAAAAGUUUAUGCCCAUAAAAUAAUAUUAUUUGCUAGGUGUAAAAGUUUUCAAAACACGAAACGCGGAGAAAUUUGUCGAAUUCCUGGGUGCACCGUGUCGCCAUCUGUUGGUGCUCAACCAACACCCAUCCGCAUGCCGCAUGUGCAGCCUGAAACAUUCCGGCUUUUCAUUCAAUACGUUUACACGGGCAAGCUUCUGUUGCAAGACUCCGGAGUGUUUGAGAUGAUGACGCUGGCCGCCGACUUGGGCGUGGAGGAUCUGCGCUCUGCUUGCGAAGACCACGUCACGUCUACACUAAGUGUGGAGAGUGCGUGCACGCUUCUGGCUGCUGCUAUGGAUAUUCAAGAUAGACCUGGCGGCAAGAGCGCUUCCUCCUUUAUGGAGCGCUGCAUCGCGUUCAUCGGCGAUAACGCGGCCGACUGCGUCAAGACUAACGCCUUCCUCAACCUGCCCAAGGAGGCGCUCAUCAAACUCAUCUCGUCAGACUUUCUGUGCCUGGAGGAGGAGGAGGUGUGGCGUUGCGUUCUAGCGUGGGCCAAGCAGCGCGCCGGCGUGACGCAGCCCACCGCGCACUGGGCGGAGGAGGAGCGCGCGCGCGUCUGCCACCACCUGGCGCCGCUCAUGCAGCAUGUGCGCCUGCUGCUCAUCGACAGCGCGGUGUUCGCGGAAGAGGUGGAGCCGACGGGCGCGGUGCCGAUGGAGCUGUCGCUGGAGCGGUACCGGCGCGCCGCGCUGCACUCCGCGCCCCGCCCCGCGCCGCGCCCCGACCCCGACAAGCGCACCCAGCCCAGGCUGGCGGUUAACCUGUUCGCGGGCUCGGCGAUCCUGCAGCAGGACAAGUGCGCCUUCCAGUCCCUCAUCAAUACCUGGUGCGGCAGCCCCAAGCAGUCGUGGCGGCUGGUGUUCCGUGCCUCCGCGCACGCAUUCUCCGCGCACGCCUUCCACGCGCACUGCGACGGCGUCGCGCCCGUGCUGCUGCUGGUGCAGCUGCAGCGCGGCGAGGUGAUCGGCGGGUACUGCGAGGCGGGCUGGGCGGCGGCGGGCGCGGGGGGCGCCGGGGGCUACGUGUCCGCCGAGCGCGCGCUGCUUUUCUCUCUCUCCGAGCCCCCCGCGCGCUACCCCCUCGUCAAGAAGCCCUUCGCGCUCUGCCACCACCCGGACUGCGGGCCCAUCUUCGGCGCGGGCGCGGACCUGCUGGUGUCGCACCAGUGCAACGCCAACAGCGACAGCUACAGCAACCUGCACUCGUACGGGGACGCCGCCCCCGCGCCCCCCGCAGCCCUCGCCGCGCCCCCGCCCUCCCUCGCUCCGGAUUACAACUUCACCGUGCGCGAGUACGAGCUCUUCACGUGCGCUCCCUGACUCCACCCGCCCUCGCCCUCGCCCGCACCCUCGCCCGCGCCCUCGAUCUCCGCCCUCUUCCGAACUCAUUCACUUCAGUCUUUACAACUUUUGUUGACAAUGAGUCAUAAUCCAGAUUACAAUUAUUCCCAUGACACCUGCACAACUUGACAAUUAAUAGUCUGCAUAUCCAAAACUAUUUACGUCAAAUAAACGGACCAGAACAGCAAUUGUGAACAAUCUGACGAAGGGAAAUGCCUAACAAAAGUAGUAUUAUAUUUAUAUUUAAGUUCCUAAACGCACAAAUACAUUUAAGCUUUACAUGUUAAGAAAUAAAGACGUGAGGUUGUAAUGUAACUGUAGUUAUAACUAAAAUAAAUCGUGUAAUACGUACUUAAAUUAAACUUUUAUAAUGAUUCA